AUGCUGCAGCAGGCAGCCAAGCAGCUGGCCCCGCUGCUGGCGGAGGCUGCCGGCAGCUUCGCCAGCGGGCAGGCGCUCGCGCACUAUGCCGUGCCGGCCGUUGCGACCAAGGGCGUGUUUGGCAGCAAGCGCGUGACUGUGCCGCUUUCGGAGCCGCUGCCGGGCAUAGACAUCCCCAAGUAUGCGCCCCCAGCAGAGGUCAAGUUGGAGACCGGCGAAAUCGGGGGCGUCAAGGCCGCCGCGGUGGACACGGGCGGCCCCAACAUUGCGGUCGCCGUGUUCGUAGGGGCGGGCAGCGUGAACGAGACGCCCGCCAACGCCGGGGCCAGCAAGCUUCUGGAGUACCUGGCCUUCAGCGCCACCAGCAACAGGUCCACCUUCCGCCUCACGCGUGAGCUGGAGAAGUACGGCGCCGCCUCCGCCGCGCUGGCCGGGCGCGAGUCGAUCGCGUACGGCGUGGAGGGCACCAAGCUGCAGGCCGCGGAGAUCACCGAGAUCUUGCUGGACGCGGUGCUUAACAUAAGGCAUGUCUCUGCGAUCUAG